GUACUUCGUACCUAACCAGUACCUAGGUAGAUCCAAAUAUAAGAUAUUAUUUAUAAUUAUAUGAAAGUAACCAGGAUUGCGAUAAGAUAAAGAAUUACUUUGACCAAGUCUCAGUCGUUGUAAGCAUCACUGGGGAGACUCGUGUUUUUGUUUUAUUUUAUUUUUUUAUCUUUAUCAUUUAUCUUUAUCUAGCGUCCUUUCCUGUCGCAUCACGAGAUUGAGUUGAGCCAUGGGGAAAGGUACGGAUAAGCUAUACAUCACGCAUUCCGAGUGGUCAUCUUCAGACGCCUACUCGGCGAAUACGGGCUCGCGAACCGGUCCUAACGGUUCAUCUUCAUCUUCAUCUUUCAAGCGACUUCCCUUCAACUUUUGCGCCGCCAGCCUCCAACCCUUCAAGAACCCCGUCUGCACCCCCGACGGAACCAUAUUCGACGUCGAAGUCAUAUCGAAAUGGCUCGAGAACCACAAGACCAACCCGGUGAACGGCGAACCGUUAGCUGCGCGUGACCUCAUCAAGCUUAACUUCGCGCGCAACGGGGAUGUCGACUCCAAGGGCGCCGACGGGUUAGGUAGCGACGGGGAGGGAGAUUUUAUCGACCCGGUCACCUUUAAAGUUCUUACCGACAAUACCCACGUUGUCGCGAUUCGACACGGUACCUACGCAAACGUGUUCGCUUGGGAGACGGUCGAGAGGAUGAACAUUAAGGCGAAGAUGUGGCGAGAUUUGGUAGACGACGCAGAGUUCAGCCGCUCGGACAUCAUAACGCUUCAGGAUCCCCAGAACGCCGCUAGCAGGGAUCUAAGCCAAUUCCAGCACCUGAAAAACGGCGGAGAUGCGCUCUUGACCAGGGAGCAGGAGGAGGAAAGGAAAGAAGGCAACGUCAAUAUCAACGCUCUGGGUAGGGUAGGCGACAAGGUCCUAAGAGCGAAAGAGGCCGUCGAGAAGGCGAGAAGGGAACGCGAAGCUAGGGGCGACGUCAACCGUUCUUCUAAAGCAGUCACGAAGACGUCGGAGAACGGUAGCGCUCGGUCGUCCAUGAUACAGGAGAAAAAGCCUAACGAGAGGGCUGCGACGCACACCACGGGCAGAGCCGCGGCCAGUUUCACAAGUACGGGGUUGACACCGGAAACUAGCGGCGAGCGGGCUACGCUAACGGAAGAGGAGUACAUGUUGAAACCGAAGAGGGUGAAGAUCAAAGGCUACGCACGGAUCGAAACAAAUCUAGGCGAUCUAAAUAUCGAGCUACAUACCGAAUAUGCUCCCAAGGCGGUUUGGAACUUUACCCGGUUAGCCCAAAACGGCUACUAUAAAGGCGUCACGUUCCACCGCAACAUCAAAAACUUCAUGAUCCAAGGCGGCGACCCGUCCGGGACGGGACGAGGGGGCGCCAGCAUAUGGGGCAAGAAUUUCCAGGACGAGUUCGAGGGGCCGCUAACGCACGACUCCCGGGGCGUUCUGAGCAUGGCCAACAAGGGGAAAAACACGAACUCGAGCCAGUUCUUCAUCACGUACCGCCCGGCCAAGCAUCUCGACAGGAAACACACCAUCUUCGGGAAGGUCGUGGGGGGGCUGGACACCUUGAGCAAGAUGGAGGCGGCGCCUACGGACGGCUCGGACCGGCCCUUGAACAAGAUCGUGAUCAAGGACGUCGUCGUCUACCUCGACCCGUUCCGGGAGUUCCUGGAGCAGAAGGCCAAGCAGGAGAAGCAGGCGGAGCAGAAGGCGGAGAUCGAGAGGGCGGGCGGCACCGAGGACGACCAGCUGACGUGGACGGGGAAGCGGGUGAGGCGGGACGGCACGGUGGAGCAGGGCGGCGGUGGUGGCGGCACCGUGGGUAAGUAUCUCCAAGCCGCGAUGAAGCAGCGGGGCAACGAAGACGACGAGAUCGUCGAGGAAGAUAUCGAUACGUGGGAAGAGCCGGCGAAGAAGAAGGCUAAGGUUGUUGGUGGCGGCGGCGGCGGCGGGUUUGGCAAUUUUGAUAAUUGGUAAAAAGGAAAUUUGGCAUCGCGCGGCGUUGGGUGAUACCCUAGGGUCUAUAGAACUUAGAAGAAAUCAGGUAUUAUGUUAGGUUAGGUAGGUGUACCAGGUAGGUGUACCUAUUGCACUUUACGAUAUCUACAGUACUUCACAGGUUAGGUAGGCUGGACUCUAAUAAUAGCUUGCUUUCAUAUGA